UCGAGCCAGCGUUAUUCCCCUCAGUCCGCUUCUCUAAGGCAAUGAGAGCGGGCGUGUGGGGUGAACUCUCCUCGAAUGGAGCCCGGGUGCGGUGGGGAAGGCUGAGGGCCUGCAGCAGUGCUGGGAGUGUCGGUGGACUGCAGUGAAGUGCUGUGGGCUACUGGGCCAGGUGCGAGGGUCCCAAGAGUGACUUGCUGAGCUGGAGGCUGAAAAAACCAGUCCUGCUCCGGUGCUGGUCGACCUGAUCCCUGACAAAGAUGGUUCCAUGCCAAAGCCCCAGGAGACAGAUGGUGAUGGCUGCAUGAUGGGCAAUUCCAGCUCUGACCACUUUCCACCGAGAUCUGAACUGGAUAAGGACAGUGUUCCAUCUGGCCUUAGUUUCAACAUUCAGCCCCUUUCAUCAGACAAUCCAUGGGAAUCUCUGCCUUUUCCUGAAUGCAAAAGCUUGGAACCUGAGACCAUCUCAGUACCCAGAUGCUUUGGACUUCUGCUUAAAGAUGCCUGUCCAGUCUCCUUAAAGUCUCCAUGCCCUGCAGGUACAGGCUUACAACAACAUGGAACUAGAGACAUCCCUUCUAUGAAGCAAGACUCAUGGCACCCCAUGCCAGAUGCAGCAAAGCAGCUCCCAAACAUAACCGAGCCUCUUCCAUGUUUCACAGUAGAUAGUUCCAUGUGUUGGGUGCCACCACAGAGAAGAUCCUCUUGUGCAUUACUGUCAGUCAGUCUUCAGAAGGCAGCAGGACCCAUAAGAGAACCUCAGCAGAUGAUCUCAGGCAGUGGGAAGCUUCAUAUAGGAAGAAACCAUCUUUUAGGUAAUCUUGCUGGAUCUGCUCUGGCCAGCUAUUUCUCAGUGUGCCUUGAUGUGAGUGCUGCCACAUUCUGUCCCAGUGCCAGGUCCAUAGUUUCACUCAGCAGUGACCAUUCAUCUUGGAACUAUGCUGGAUCGGCAUUGUGCUUUUCAGUUUCUCAAACAGAACGAAUCCUCUGCAUGGUGAUUAUUAAGCAUCUCUUUCCCUUCCUAUUGUCACAGGAAGGCACAUAAAUCUCUUACCUUUGAGGAACUCAGAGUCCAGCUGCUCAGAGGCAGCAAGUGGGGCCAGCUCCAUCUGAAAGAGGGCACGGAGCUGCGUAGAGGUGUGGGAAGUCGUCUCCGCACUCAUGAAUGCUCCCCAGAGCUGUGACUCCUGCGGCGGUGGCGGAUACCCCACCACCUGGCCGGUCUCAGCAGCAAGAAUAGCGGGACAUGCCCAGAAGAGGAGGAGCCUCCGCUGUUGUUUUUGCAGCUCCUCAGUCCGGCUGCUGCUGCCCACUGGGGGCUGCACUGCUGCCUCUGCAGCCACCAGAGACUUCUUCCACGCUACCACCCACUUCUUCUGUGCCACCACCCAUGGAAGUGAGAGCGCGAAGGAGAAAAGCCGAGGGACCCAGCUUUGGGCCCUUUGGGGACCAGCAACCAGCCUGACUGGUGAAAAGAGCCUGAUUUUUAUGCCCUUUCAGUGUAAAUUUAGUUUGAUAUUUGUUGUGCAUUGUUUUCAUCCACAUAUACUUGUCUGUUGCUUUGAGCAGUCCUUUAGGAAAGUGCGGUGGGGGCAAAAAUGUUGAAAAGAAAUAAAUAUAAACGGACAAGCC